AUGGCUAGCACAGUAAUGAGCUCCUUGAGCCUCAAACCAGCUGCCUUCAGUGUUGAGAAAUCAGUGAGAGGCCUUCCAUCACUUGCCAGAAGCAGUUCCUCUUUGACAAUCAGAGCCAGUGGUGGCAAGAAAAUCAAGACCGACAAGCCUUAUGGAAUCAAUGGAGGUAUGGAUUUAAGGAAUGGACUUGAUGCCUCUGGCAGAAAACCAAAGGGAAAGGGUGUCUACCAAUUUGUUGACAAGUACGGUGCUAAUGUGGAUGGAUACAGUCCAAUUUUCAACACAGAUGAGUGGUCUCCGAGUGGUGAUGUCUAUGUUGGCGGUACAACUGGUUUGGCGAUCUGGGCAGUCACCCUCCUCGGAAUCCUUGCUGGAGGUGCUCUUCUAGUUUACAACACCAGUGCUUUGGCACAGUAA